AUGCUUUGUGAUAUAUGUGGACAAGUUUUUACGAAUAGAAAAACGCUUAAACAACUUUGUAAGGAAAUUCAUAGUGAAUGUGUUAGUAUAUUUUACUGUGACUUUUGUGGAAGACCAUUUUCCAGGAAAUUUAAUUUAAAGAAACAUUUGAAACGUGUGCAUGGACAAAGUGAAACGACAAUGGCGAGUAGUAAAGAAUUACGCAGAGAAGAUCUGAAGAAAAAUCAGAAAGCAGUCUACGUCCCGUUGUAUGAAGAUAUAUCGUCUGACGAGGAAUCGCUUGAUGUCGCAACAAAUGUCCAACCACAGCCGGUGUAUGCGCCCGAACUUGAGGACAUUUCAUCAGAUGAGGAAAUAAUUGAAAAGCAGCAGACUGAGGACGAAUCCUAG